GUUUAAGGGCUUAAAAAGUUAGUUGGUGAGAGAGAGCUGAAUUGACUUGAGUUGUGAGGUAGACGCACAGAGCAGGAGGCUGUUUGAUGUUAAACAAAUACGACGAUUAUUUAUAUUUACCCGGGAAACAUAUCACCCACUCUUAUCACCUGUCUCUCUAUCUCCACUUGUAUCGAAACACAAAAACCCUAGAAUUUAUUGAAAUUAAUGGCGAAAAUGGAGCUCCGGGAGCUAGGAAACACAGGUCUUAAACUCAGCUCUGUCGGCUUCGGAGCUUCCCCGCUGGGCAGUGUAUUCGGCCCCGUUUCCGACGAAGUCGCCAUCGCCACUGUUGCUCAAGCUUUUCGCCGUGGCAUCAAUUUCUUCGAUACCUCUCCGUACUAUGGAGGAACUCUAUCUGAGAAAGUACUUGGGAAGGCAUUGAAAGCUUCGGGAAUUCCUAGAAAUGAGUAUAUUGUGUCAACAAAAUGUGGAAGAUAUAAGGAGGGUUUUGAUUUUAGUGCUGACAGGGUGACUAGAAGCAUUGAUGAGAGCUUGGCUAGGUUGCAGCUUGAUUAUGUUGACAUAUUGCAAUGCCACGACAUUGAAUUUGGAUCUCUUGAUCAGAUUAUAAACGAGACUAUUCCAGCCCUGCAAAAACUCAAGCAAACUGGAAAAAUCAGGUUCAUUGGUAUAACUGGACUUCCAUUGGAGAUCUUCACUUACGUCUUAGAUCGAGUGCCACCAGGCACCGUAGAUGUAAUCUUGUCAUACUGUCAUUAUGGUAUAAAUGAUUCAGCUUUAGAAGAUCUACUUCCUUACCUGAAGAGCAAAGGUGUUGGUGUGAUCAGUGCUUCUCCACUUGCAAUGGGGCUUCUUACAGAGAAUGGCCCUCCAGAGUGGCACCCAGCAUCAAAUGAGCUCAAGGCUGCAUGCCAAGCUGCAGCUGUUUUUUGCAAAGAGAAGGGAAAAAAUAUUUCAAAAUUAGCUAUGCAAUACAGCUUAUCAAACAAAGACAUCUCUUCUGUACUGGUUGGAAUGAAUUCCGUUCAACAGGUUGAGGAAAAUGUUGCAGCUGCCACAGAACUUGCAACAGUUGGAAAAGAUGAGGAAACUUUGUUGGAGGUUGAAGAGAUACUGAAACCAGUCAAGAAUCAGACAUGGCCAAGUGGUAUUCAAAGCUAAUUCUACCGACAUCACUAUCUGCUUAUCUUGGGCAAACUGAAAUGUCCGUUGAUCAAAAGUUAAAGUUUACAAUAUUGUUGUAAAAAAUAAGAAUAUUCAUCACCGAUAAUAAGGAAUUUCUUUGUUUCUGGGAAAAUAAGUUACAGAAACAUGACAACGUGAGUUGGUGGUGCUGUAUGAUCUUUUAACAGAACACCACCUGUAGACUGUACGAUCAACUUCCUAUCUAUUUAAAUUUUAAACAUGUUUUAUAA